CAGGAUCAAAAAUUGCUGGAGCACUUAUUUACCCGUCCAAUGGCCCCCAUCGACGUCUUCAUGCCUGACUCUAUUGCAUAUCGCCAUGUUUGGAAGGCAGUCUCGAGGUAGUGUAACCUGUGCUAAUCGUCCCUUCUAACAAGGCUAGAUAUGACAUCGUUCUCCCUUUAUGCAUCUAUCUUUCGCAGGUCACCUUACUCUAUCCCCUUACACCCACCCUCUGCAAAAGAUUCCAACAGAUGGGUGUUCCCAACUUCAAAACGGACUUCUGCAUCUGGGACAACUCAGUCCUCAUCUAUGGCCCCUUCACACCAUGGCCCAAGUCCAUCGUCGGUAUGAUCGACGGCCCACCAAAUGACAACAUGGCAUGUUGGUAUUACGCCGACUGUAUUUUCGGGCUCAUCCCCGAGACUCGCAAGCAGCAACACAAUGCCACCUCUCUAGUCAUGGGUCUCAUCCCCUUGGUUCUCAAAGACAUCGCCUGGCCCCAUCGUCGAAUUGCUCAUAUCCCCCAUCUUCUGCCUUGGUAUACCGAGAUCAUCGUGCGAGCUUUGGGUUUAAAUCCAGUUGUGAAGAGGAGGAGGAAGAUUUCCUAUGGGAGAACUUUCAAUAGCUUUACAUCUCAUGUUAUAUUUUAUUCGUUGAUCUUUGUGUUGGUUGGGAUGUAUGCAAUCCUACUCCUUAUUGAGGUCUACUCCAAGCGUUCUUCUCUCGGUUGUCCUGUCCCGAUUUUUAUUGUUGCUUGGUUUAUAGUUGGUCUCGUACCUUCAGCAAUCGAGGUAGCAGCUUCUCGAUCCAGGAGAAGAAGUGAGCAUUCAAAUACUUCUCCCAUGGGUUCACGGAGUGAAGCAGGCGCGGUGGAAGCCCUGGUUCUCGACAGUACUCGUGCAAUUGGCUUGAAAGUUACCAAUCAGGAGGCUGUCCAGGGCUCUGGCGAAGCUUUGUUUGUACAGAUCGGCUGGGCGAGCUACUACACAGCCGGAACGUUGGUCUUCUCCAGUAUCAUGCUGGUGAGUGUUUCCGAGCUCUGUGCUUGGCUCUUGGCUACCAGCGCGACAGCUGCGGUGUCGAAAAUGUUUGCUUAUAAGUUGUGUGGGUAUUGGGGAUUGGGCUUUUGAUCCAACAAUAUUUGGGCUGGAUUCUUGCAUUGUUUGGGUGGGGUUUUGUGGAGUGAGGAGUCACUACUAUGUCCAACAAGGUUCCGAUAGAAGGGCCUCGAGAUGUAGGCACCAUGCGUUAUUAUUCUGUUGAAAGAGAGAGGCAUCAUUUAGUCCUCAAGAGUGGUAUAAAAAAACCCGAGGAAAAAAAGGAAAAGGAGGAAUGGGAGUACCGAUACACACUGAUAUCCGAGCUGAGUAUGUCUCCUUCCUUUUUAUAAAGGGAUUCUUUUCAGUUAACAUGUUAUCAGGGAGUUGAUAGUCUAACAAAAACUUCGCUUGGCUACAAAGCCACAGUGAGAUAACAUAAGAGGACAUACAUGUAGGAGCUAGGAGAUCUAUAUAUCUAUUGUAACAUUUCUGCCUCUCUUCGCGAUGUUGAUCGCAUCUUCCUUUCAUUUUUGGGAGACUCUCCUUUUGUGGUGAAGAGGACUCGUGGUGGAUAGAACAGGUACUUAUUCGCAGUAAGGU